CUUAUUAAUUCUUUUCCUUUUUCCCCUAUAUUAUUUUGUACUUAACCUCACCACCUCCUUCUCCUCCCGCUACUAGUACUCAACCCAAAUACACACUAAAAACCAAAAACCCCAAAAGUUGAAAAAAUCUUGAUAUGUUGAAUCAUCAAAUACCUAGUAGCAGAGAAAAUCUUGUUCAAGAACAUAAUCAUGAUCAAGAAGAAGAACAAAUCAGAGACAUCCAUGCUCUAACCCCAUCAAGGCCUCCAUCAACAAAUCGUGGCCGUCGAAGAGAAACUUGGGAAACUAAUAGCCAUAGAUCAUCCACAAAUUUAUCCAUAGCCAGUACAGAAGUAGCAUCAAGUGAGAAUUUCUCAACCAUGAGUAGAGAAUUCAAUGCUUUAGUUCUUGCUGGAUCUUCAAUAAGCAACAACCACGGUAGCGAAAACGACACCAACAACAACAACAAUAUUAACAACAGCAAUAUUUUGGGAAGAAUUGGUGAAGAUGAUUAUGAAACAAUUGAGGAAACAAAUCCUUUAGCUAUUGUUCCAGAUAAUUAUAGUAACCCCUUGAGUUUGGACAACACUAUUAAUAAUAAUCCUUCUUCUAGAGAUCAUGUGGUCACUGGGAUUAAUUCUAUGAGUGGAAUUAGCCAUGGAGAAAUUACUGUUCAAAGGGUGAAAAAAGAAGAGGUUGAAUCAAAGAUUAGUGCAUGGCAAAAUGCUAAAAUUUCAAAGAUUAAUAACAGGUUUAAGCGUGAAGAUGCUGUUAUUAUUGGCUGGGAAAGUGAGGAGGUCCAAAAAGCUACUUCUUGGAUGAAGAAAGUUGAGAGGAAGCUGGAGGAGAAGAGAGCAAAAGCCCUUGAGAAGAUGCAGAAUGAUAUAGCAAAAGCACGAAGAAAGGCAGAAGAAAGAAGGGCAUCUGCUGAAGCAAAGAGAGGAACAAAAGUUGCUAAAGUUCUUGAAAUU